AAAAAAAAAAACACACACAUGGUUUGCAUAUUAAAUUCAGUCUAUAAAAUCAGCCUCCUUUCUCCUUCUAUUAUUCUAUCGUUGAUUCAAAUGGAGGGCCGUGGUAUUGAAGCUCUACUGUCCUAUCACUGCUUGACAGGUCCUUUGCUCAAAAAUCCAGCUUCAUCCUUUGGAAAUGUUGUCAACAAGUAUUGUGUGAAAUUUAAGACAUACAUAGCCGAGUCUGAUGUUGAAGAGGGGGCUGUUAUGCUACCGAACAUGUUCACGAACGACUUUGGGGACCAAGUUCAACGAUUUGCAACUUUGAUUGAUGCAAAGAGCAAUCAGUUCGAGGUGUUGGUUGAAAGAAUUGAUGGGUCUGUAUUUUUCUCCAAGGGAUGGAAAUCCUUGCGUGAUUUUUAUGGGAUCAGCUUGGGUGCUUGGGUUUCUUUCAUAUUUGUGGAUCAUAUGAAGUUUGUGAUUAAACUGAAAGAUAGGUUUGGCAAAGUGAUUAAACCUCCUGUAUUUGAACCUCCUAUGCAUUUUAUGAUUGACAAAACAAAUGUCCAGACAACUUUUGAUCCUAAUCUCCCCCCUUUCACUCCUUUGAUUUCUUAUCAUCACGAUGUCAACAACUUUCAGAUAGAGUUUGUGAAGAAGUUAACUGAAUUUGAUCUAGCCAAGGGUUUUUUGGUACUGAUUUAUGAAGGAGAAGUUAUGAAGAUGAUAGAUAUCAGAACUACUUCUAUCAAGUUGGUGGAUGAUUGCGGAGAUGGUUGGGAUUGCGUGUUGAUUUUUGGAUCUACUCCAUACCAACACACCAUGAUUGGUGGGCGGUGGAAGCGUUUUGUGGAUGCUCACAAGGUUUGUCAAGGGUUUGUACGUGGCUUUGUCAAGGGUUACUUUAAGAGAAGGUUUGAAGAUAUUAAUAUCUGAUGAUGAUGGUGAAGACACUGAUUUAACGUCUAAUGUAGCUAUCACGAGGUUUUUCGCAAUGUGUCCUAAAUUGUGUACUUGGAAGGAUUGACCGAAAUUAAACUUCUUCAUUGUUAAUUAUUUAUGACUGACAAUUUUCCCUAGGUUGUGUGCUUUCUAUUAUUUAACAAAAUUAA